AUGUCAAUUAUCACUCAAGGUAUCAGAGACUUGGUCAAGAAGGCUAUUUCAGACAAUCAAGUCAUGAUCUUUAGCAAAUCUUAUUGCCCUUUCUGCAUUGGAGCAAAAGAUUUGUUCGAUGACAUUCAUGUAGAUUACAAAGCUAUCGAACUCAACGAUCACAAAGAUGGUGAAGCUAUUCAGGCAACACUCGCUGAACUCACGAAACAAACGACGGUACCCAAUAUCUUUAUCAAUCAACAACAUAUUGGAGGCUCAGACGCCCUUAAAGCUGCCUAUAAGUCUGGUAAACUCGAAAAGAUCUUGAAAGAAGCAGGGAUUCAAUACAAGCUUUAA